GUGUGGUGGUGUCCGCGCCGCGAUGGCCAACAACGACCACGGAUUGGUGGAGAACUGGGUGAUGGGCGUGAAGGAGGUGGCGAGGAUGCACCAGGACGAGCUGAUGGUGGGUGGGGCCCUGGGUGACGACGAGCUUAUCCACCGCCGCCUGGUCGAGCUCAACGUACAGGAGCAGUGCGUCAAGUUGUUCAACACGCCCAUCCUCCAGAAGGCGCACGCCGAGAGGGGCGGCCCCCACGUCCACGCCGUGAUCUUCGACAUGGCCGAGGGGCUCAUCAAGGAGCUCGAUGUCGACCUCAAGGCGCUCGUGAAGAGGACCUCGCACUUCCAGUCGAUGUACGACUUCUCCGCCCCCGUGGCUGCUCAGUAGCUUGGCGAUUACCACGACGA